GAAGGCUCCUGCAAGUCCCUCACCCAUCAGCAUGUGAAACACCCAAACCGUUUCCCUCGGACCUAGCCUUCACACUCAUGAUGCCUGGAAUGUCUUUGCAGGAUGGAGGCAGCCUGGCUUCCCCUCUGGCUAACAGAAGAGUUUGAUGUUUGAUGUUCUCUGCAGUGUGUGAACGCAUUCUGUUAACAGCAGUUGCAAUGUCUGUAACAGUCAAAUAACUGAAAUUGACAGUGAUAUUAAAAGAAGAUGCAAACAUUCAUGAUUAUUUGAAAGGUGAAAACUAAAUAGGGGUAAGAAGACAAAACCCAAACCGAGAAACUCGCUUCAAGAACCGAGCGAGUUAGGAAACCACUGAAGAAGAUAACAUUUCAAAACAUGUUCACUUAGCAGGAACUAAACCUGCCAGGAGACCAGCCCUGUUUCACACAUGAAGUAACAUGUCAUUUGAGCAGUGCUAUGGAUGAGGACAAACUCUGUGCCAGUGGAGCACUUGAACAGAAGAGUCACAUAAGGCUGCUGCAGUGCCUUACCCAGCUUUACAUAGCUCUCUUUUGUCUUACAUCAAACCCAGGCACAUGGCCAUAUCCUGCUAGCCCAAAACACAGUGGAGUCUCUGCGCAAUUCAGGAAAUGGUUGACAACCGUGCACUUGCUCUUGUUGUUGUUGCUGUUUUGCUCCAGAAAUGGCUUCUUGAAUUCAGAGGUGUGUGUUCCAGCUCUGUAUUGUUUGCAUAUAAAGCUUUAGAUGGGGAGCUUUUCAUACUGCAGUGUGCCUCUCCACACCAACCCUAUCUCUUCAACAAAUCUGCGGUCCUGCGGCAAAGCAUAGUGUGGUUUUGGCACGAGGGAGAGAAGAAGAGAGAGCUUCCUGGGAUGGAUGACAGCAUUGUGAAAGUGGGGAAUUCCCUGUGGUUUUCUAAAAUAACUGAAAAGCACUCUGGGAACUAUUCCUGUUAUAACAGGAACACUGCAGGAGUGUUGGCUGUUGGUUGGGGCGGAGAUGGUGCGUUGCACUUCCUGGUUGAUGUGGUACAGAGGAAUGAGACUGUGUGCCAUGACGAUUGGAAGAGCGAGGUGACCCUGUUUAUUGAACAGGGGAGCACAAUCGCCUGUCCAGAUGUGAGGUGCUAUACAUCAGCUCCAAUAGAAGCCAUCCGGUGGUACAAGAAUAAUUUCUCCAGCAGGAAGUCGGACCUGCGUCCGGGUGGCCGGCUCUUUCUAGGAAACAUCAAAGAGGACGAAAAGGCAAAUGUCACCUGCGACCUCAGCUAUGUGGAAGAGCUGCACUGGACCUUCAGAAGGACUUUCAGAGUUAAACCUAUACCGCCGGACACCAAGUCCCUGCCCAACAUCCUGUAUCCCCACGGUAACAAGACAGAGGAAGUGGAGCUGGGAAAGCGUCAUACACUCACGUGUAAGGUGCAAUUCGGUUAUGAGAGGAACUCCAGGGCAAUGGUCAGAUGGUGGGUCAGAUACCAUGACAACGGCAGCAUUGGAGCAUUGGAGAUGGACCGUCCUAAGAUAGUGCAUUCCUCCAUCUGGGAAAGUACCACCAAUUACAGUGCACACCUGCAGCAAGUGACCCAGAGGCACCUGGAAGCAACAUUCACCUGCUGGGCACAGAACUCCAGAGGCAAUACCAGUGCUACCACCAGACUACAGAGAAGACCUGAAGUGGCUGGACUCUUACUCAUUAUUGUGGGGCCUGCUGUCACAGUGGUGCUCAUAAGUGGAAUCAGCAUAUUAGUGUGGAUUUAUUGGCUGGAGAUUUACCUUUUGUACAGAACCUACUUCUCACUGGAAGAAACAGUCUCAGCAGGAAAGGAGUAUGACGCCUUUGUGUCGUAUGUGAGUGACUCUUCCUCAGAGGAGGAACACAGCACACAGACAGGGGAGACCCUGGGAAUGCACCACCUGCCCAAUGUGCUGGAGAAACAGUAUGGCUACAGGCUGUGUCUGCUGCAGAGAGACCUGGCACCUGGAGGAGUGUACACAGAGGACGUGGUGUGCGCGAUGCAGAGGAGCAGGAGAGUGAUCUGUGUGCUGAGCUCCUGUUACCUGCGCAGCAGCUGCCUGUUUGAGCUGGAGACCAGCCUGGAAGCCCUGCAGCAGGACAGAGGCCUCCGGCUCAUCCUGGUGUGGAGCAGCCCGGCACCUCCCUGCCUCAAAGGCCUGCCCCUGCCCCCCACCGUCAGGCGGGCCCUGAGAGUGCUCCCUGCGCUCCACUGGAGCCCUUCCCAGCUCAGGCCCUCCCAGGGACCCUUCUGGAAGGCCCUAAAGCGGGCCAUGCCGAUCAGCCCCCUGCCACCGCCAUCAAGCUCUGCACCGAAGGGUGGGCUACCUGGGGAGACAUAGCUGUGUGCUAUCACACCUUCAUCCAUCUACACACACAUUCAUUCAUUCAUCCAUUAUCUUAACCGACUUAUCCUGAACAGGGUCGCAGGGGGGCAGGAGCCUAUCCCAGCAUACAUUGGGCGAAAGGCACCCUGGACAGGUCGCCAGUCCAUCGCAGGGAACACACACCAUUCACUCACACACUCAUACUUAUGGGCCAUUUAGACUCUCCAAUCAGCCUAACCUGCAUGUCUUUGGACUGUGGGAGGAAACCGGAGUACCCGGAGGAAACCCACGCAGACACGGGGAGAACAAGCAAACUCCGCACAGAGAGGCCCCAGCUGACGAGGAUUCGAACCCAGGACCUCCUUGCUGUGAGGCGGCAGUGCUACCCACUGCACCAUCCGUGCCACCUCUACACACACAUGAUCUGUCUAUACAAUCAUAAGAAAACUGUUAUCAUUUAGUUAUUUAUCCAUGUAUUUAUUUGGAAUUUUAGGUAAAUAGCAGUGCACCGACUCUUGAUUGUAAAUCAUGUGCCGUUUUGUGAAAAGGGGAAAAUAAAUGGGUAUUUAUCGCAGAAAUAAACAGGGAGGCAAAUGUGUCUGCUCCCUCUGUUGUUACAAGGUGAAGAUGGAGUGACCUUUGGAUAAGAUGGUCUGCUAAUGGCAAUAAAGUACAGGUUUAGCUACUGUGACUAAAAGCAGCCACUGCAGGAAGGCAUUAUUUAAAAUGUGUGAAGUUUCCAAAGUGUCUGUCUUCAAUGGAACGCUUUUUACUGCAGAACAAUGACAUUUCAUCUCUCAGAAUGAUGUGUGAGUACUGGGCAGUACAGUUAUGUGUACAUAUAUUUUUCUGUUGUUACAACAUUGUAAUUUAAAAUAAAGAAGUGGAACAGUGAGCUGUCCGAAGAUGAACAUAAAUAAACCUGAAUUCAUAUUUAAAUGUACUUUAAAGGUCAUUUAAAGAUAAUUUCUGACUUCUAACGGUCAAGAGAGGAAUUGUCGCAACAAACCCGCUCAAACCACAACACUGUUUACCCCACCCCUUCUCUGUGGACGCGCUGACGUUGAGAUGCCAUUGGCCGUGACAAUUAGAACCAAUUUUCAACCAAUGAGCUUGAAUUAUUGCACUGCUAUACAAUGUUUUGUUACAGAGUGCUGGCCCGUCAACUGCAUAUUUUGAAAACAGAAUUUAAGGACAAUAAACACAGGCAGGUGGUGACUCAACAUGUCAGUGAACCUUUUUCAAUGAUAGGAAAGGAUUUACAAUGGUCUUGUAAC